AUGGCGAGCCUCUUGCACGCCGAAGGGCUCAACUACUACUACUGGUACAAAAGUUCGUGAUCCUUUUUUCUAAAAUACUAGAGACGAAGUUCAUUCUUUUUUCAGCGUGCACGAAAUUACGACAAACGCCAAGAGAGUCCCUUCGCGACGCUGCUAAGACAGCUUUGAGUGAGUUUGAUCUUUUCGUUUUGUGAUUCCAUCCUUCUACAUAUUUUAGGGCACACGCUGCGCAGAUCCGACCGCUCCGAAAACGUCAGAAGACAAGAACACGAAGGACGAGAAGUCGAAGAAGACCUAGAAGAUGGCAAUGAUUUUCGUUUCAAUGUUUAUCCAAUCGUUUUUUAA